UUGGUCCCUUCCCGUCUCUCCUUUUCCCCCAUCCUCCCAACCGGCCCGAGGUCCCGAUUCCCGACCGCCGCGCUCACCUCGACUGCAUCCCUCCGCCUCCGCCUGCUCCGUCCCCGGCAGGCACACCGACCCCGAGGCCCUCGCCGCCGCGCCGACCAUGGCCAAUACGCUGCGGUUGUACCUCACUUGCAUCCGGAACACUCUGGAGGCGGCGAUGUGCCUCCAGAAUUUUCCUUGCCAAGAAGUUGAGAGGCACAACAAGCCAGAGGUGGAGCUCAAAACAAGCCCUGAACUUCUACUGAACCCGGUACUCAUAUGCCGCAAUGAAGCAGAAAAAUGUUUAAUAGAGACUUCAAUCAACUCUAUACGCAUAAGCAUGAAGGUUAAGCAAGCGGAUGAACUGGAAAACAUUCUUGCAAAGAAAUUUCUUAGGUUUUUAUCAAUGAGGGCAGAGGCAUUCCAAGUGUUGAGGAGAAAACCAGUUCAGGGUUAUGAUAUCAGUUUUCUGAUAACAAACUACCAUUGUGAGGACAUGCACAAGCACAAGCUCAUAGAUUUCAUCGUGCAAUUUAUGGAGGACAUCGACAAGGAGAUCAGCGAGUUGAAGCUGUCAGUAAACACCCGUGGCCGGCUUGUGGCGACUGAAUUUUUAAAGCAGUUCAUAUGAUGACUCAGCCAUAGUAGUAGUACAGUGCUGAUAAACGUCAUGAUCGCGGCCUGUAACUACGCCUCUGUUGCUCAGCUUAGGUUUUGUUUCUUCACUCUGAUUUUUGUUGUUGGACAAGAGCUUUUGUAAAUGCCUUUUGGAGGACGCAUUCUUGGUUCCAGACCACCUGAUUAAUAGCUGACAAUUGGCUUAUAAGGCGAUUUGCACUUA